AUGUCACCAUCGACCGUGCCCGCCUCUUCCUUCGGCCCCGACCCGGAAGCCCUCGAAAAGGCUCUCUCUGAGUUUGAGCACGACAACGAGUGGUAUAACCGCAGAUUUGGUAAUUACACCAUUACCGAAGAGCCCAUAUUCAAGAAACGCGCUCUUCGGGUCAUUUGUGUCGGCGCCGGGGCAACUGGGUUGGAAGUUGCCUACAAGUCCAAGAGAUUGCUGCAGAACGUGACACUGCAGAUAUACGAAAAGAACGCCGAUAUAGGGGGUACCUGGCUCGAGAACCGAUACCCAGGGUGCACUUGUGACAUCCCCAGUCACAGCUACCAAUUCGCCUGGGCGCGAAACCCGGAGUGGUCCCACUAUUACUCACCGAGUCCCGAAAUCUGGAAAUACUUCAAGGACGUGGCAGUCAAGUACGAUUUGGAGAAAUACAUAAAGUUCUCUCACCGUGUCAAGUCGGCCCGGUGGGAUGAAGAGGCCGGGCUAUGGAAACUCUCAAUUACUGCGCCCGACGGAGGCGAAAUCACUGAUGAGUGUGAUAUCCUGAUCAAUGGGACCGGUGUCCUCAACUCCUGGAAGUAUCCUAACAUCCCAGGGAUAGACAUUUUCAAAGGCAAACUGAUGCACAGCGCCAACUGGGAUGUAGACUAUGAUCUAUCUGGAAAGACAGUGGCCGUUGUCGGCGGAGGUUCGUCGGCAGUACAGAUCAUUCCGAGCAUCCAGCCAACCGUCGGAAAGCUGGUUGCGUUUCUGCGAUCUCCGGUUUGGAUUACGAUGGGAUUUGGCGUCAAGUUCGCAGGUCCCGGCGGAACCAACUUCAAGUGUGAGCAAUAUUACAUCCGUAUCGUUAUCAAAUCAUUCAAAGAAAACUCCGAAGAGUACGACAAGUAUUGCCGGGAUCUUGAGGGUGAAUUGAACAAGAGGUUCACAUUGAAUCAUUCCUUCAGUCAGGACCAGGAUCAAACUCGAAGCAUGAUCACAGAGCAGAUGAAGCAGCAGCUCAAUAACGAGCCCUUGGCACAGCAUCUCGUCCCACACUUCGCACUAGGUUGCCGCCGCAUGACUCCGGGAUCGGGCUACCUCGAGUCACUUACGAAGGAAAACGUCCAAGUUGUCACUUCCUCCGUCGCACGAUUUACCGAAACCGGUGUUAUCGAUGAUAAUGGCCACGAACAUAGCGUUGAUGUCGUCAUCUGUGCAACAGGAUUUGACGCAUCUUUUGCGCCGCCAUAUGAAGUAAUCGGACGAGGCGGUCUGCCCCUGAAAGAAAGAUUUGGCGACUUUCCUCGGGGAUACCUAUCGAUUAUGGUUGACGACUACCCGAACUUCUUUUUGGUGCUCGGCCCCAACGGUCCCGCAAGCCAUUCCUCAUUUCUUCCUAUCAUCGAAUGGCAUACGCGGUACAUCUUCCAGGUCAUCGACAAGAUGCAGCGGGAGAAUAUCAAGGCCAUCAGUCCCAAGCCGGAAUGCGUGCGUGACUUCUUCCAGCAUACUCAUACCCUCAUGCGCCGAUUGGUCUGGUCCGCUCGAUGCAGUUCGUGGUUUAAAAAUGGCAAAAAGAAUGGGCCGGUGACCGCCAUCUGGCCCGGCUCGCGCCUCCACUAUUUUGAGGCUCUAAAGACGCCUCGUUAUGAAGAUUUCGAGAUCAUUUAUCGAAGCGGUAACCGUUACCAAUACUUCGGAAACGGAUACACCGUGGUUGAGACCGAGGAGGACGGGAAUCCAGUUUGGUACUUGGAUGACCCGUUCCUCAAGGUGUAG